GAGCAAAGAGAAACAUGUGAGUGUACUGAAGAGCAUGCAACAGACAACUUAGUGCAACUUUUGAUCACACGCAUCAACCUUUGUGCACCAACGGGAUUUAACUUUUGGGCAAGGAGACGUACUACGAUUUCUGUAUAUAACCUGAUCACUUUUCUUCUUAUUAUUAUUUUUUUUUUAAAUAUGUAAUUUCGCAUUAAUAUACAAUAUCAUGUUUUUCCCAUUUUAACAACAUAAUAACCAGCACUUGUCUUAAUUUAUUAUCGUAUUAUUAUUUUUUUUUUUAAUAGCUUAACUAUUAUUUAAUUCAGACUACUUUAUUAGCGAAUAGUUGCUUAAUCUAAAUUAGUUAUUUUAUAACAACUUUCUGGGCGCGUGGGGACUGUCAUACAGCACUCCUGUUUAUUUCUGAGCAGUCGCGUGUUUCGCUUUUGGUUUAAUCCCUGUAAAAUGAAGCAUUUGCAAUUUGUGCUCUUGUUGGCCAUCGCGGCCAAUUUUUGGGAAUGUGGUGAUGCGAAAUUCGGCGAGAAAGGAGAAUUAAGUCCAAGGAGGAGGAGAUGUUACGAUGGAAGUCUGCCGAAACGCCUGAAGAAGAAGGAGAGAAAACUGUCACUGGAGGGAAGCGGUGGAGGGGAGGUUUGUCACAGGCUCUAUCCUCGCGUGUCCUGCUGUCCGUCCAGGAGGGCUCCGUAUCAAAUACUCCAUCGGAGAGAUGCUCGGAUCUUCUCGACCAAUAACACAGAGUGCUCUAGACUUCUGGAGGAGAUUAAGUGUGCCCAUUGCUCACCACAUGCCCAGAUGCUCUUCCACUCACCCAAACUUGAAAAAGCACCACACAGAGAACAAGACCUACCCCGCUUAUGCCACGACUACUGCCAAGAGUUCUACUACACCUGCCGAGGACACGUACCAGAACUGUUCCAAGCCGACGUGGAUGAGUUCUGCCAGUACUAUGGAAGGAAGGACGGAGGGCUGUGCUUUCCAGAUUUUCACCGAAAGCAGUUGCGCCGAGAUUCCAACUACCUGUUAGAUGAAAAAAUAGAAGUGAUUAACAGAAAACAUAAACACAAUUGCUACUGCGCUCAGGAGAUCCUUAGUGGUCUUCGACAGCCUGUUGGUGUGGUGCAUUGUGGGGAUGGAUCACAGCGGCUUUUUAUUUUGGAGAAGGAAGGCUUUGUACGAAUCCUAACACACAACAUGGAGCUCCUAAAAGAGCCUUUUCUGGACAUUCAUAAGCUGGUCCAAAGCGGUAUGAAGGGAGGAGAUGAAAGGGGCUUGCUAAGCCUUGCAUUCCACCCCAAUUAUAAGAAAAAUGGAAAGCUCUACGUCUCCUACACAACCAACCAGGAGCGCUGGGCUAUCGGACCACACGACCACAUUCUUCGUGUAGUCGAGUACACAGUGUCCAGGAAAAAUCCGAACCAGGUUGACACAAGGACUACUCGGGUGUUAAUAGAAGUAGCUGAGCUCCACCGAAAGCAUCUGGGAGGGCAGCUUCUCUUUGGGCCUGAUGGGCUUCUGCACAUAAUUUUAGGUGAUGGCAUGAUCACCUUGGACGAUAUGGAAGAGAUGGAUGGUCUGAGUGAUUUCACAGGAUCUCUCCUUCGGGUAGAUGUGGACACCGAUAGUUGUAGUACGCCCUACUCUAUACCCAGAAACAACCCCUAUUUCAACAGCACAAAUCAGCCCCCUGAAAUAUUUGCCCAUGGACUGCAUGACCCAGGAAGGUGUGCAGUGGAUAAGCUUCGCAUGGACACCAAUGGGAGUCUGCUGAUCCUGUGCACAGAUACUGUUGGCAAAAAUACGACAACAGGCAGGAUCCUACAGGUCAUCAAAGGAAAAGACUACGAAAAUGAACCAUCUAUGUUUGACUUGGGGUCAAAUGGAGGUGCAACCCCAGUCGGUGGUUUUAUCUACAGGGGAUGUCAGUCAAGAAGACUUUAUGGAAGUUAUGUAUUUGGAGACAAAAAUGGGAACUUCAGAAUUCUCCAGAGGCCUUCAGAAGACAGAUCGUGGCAAGAGAAGCCUCUUUGUCUUGGUACUAGCAGUUCCUGUGGUUCCUCGCUGGUAGGCCACAUCCUGGGGUUUGGCGAAGAUGAAUUAGGUGAGGUCUACAUCCUUGCCUCCAGCAAAAGCACGGCCUUACAGUCGCACAGCGGAAAACUCUACAAGUUGGUGGACCCCAAAAGGCCACAGGUCCCUAAGGAGUGCAGACGGCCGGUGGAAGAUCCAGAGAUGCUAAGCACCGCUUGCUCCCGUGAAUGCAAGAACGGCCACUGUACACCCACUGGCAAAUGCUGCUGCAGUGCUGGCUGGGAGGGCCCCUUCUGCUUACGAGCCAAAUGCGAACCCACCUGUCGCAAUGGUGGGGUCUGUGUGGAGCCCAACAAGUGUCUCUGCAAGGAAGGAUUCUCCGGCAGCCAGUGUGAGAAAGGCGAGCGAGGAACACGAGGGGACGGUGAGAAAGACAGCAUCCUGGAGCACAUCAUUGACAUGACGUCUUACCUGCUGGACCUCACCAGUUAUAUUGUAUAAAAAAACAGGGCAGGAUGAUAACGCGCUCUUCACCGGUUGGCAGACUGAACGUUACGGAGGCCUUUCAGAGUUUGCCUUCAGGACACCAUCCCCAAUCUCCAACUGCCCCUCACCUGAUCCUCCUCUCCCACCACUGUUCGUUUUCAUGAGCCACAGGCUUUGAUCUUCAUGCUUCCCUACACCAUCUGCACUCCCACCCCUAUGCACAAAUACGCACGUGGCCAACACAUAACAGGGUGGCCAAUGGAACCUCAAUGCGCAUAGCUAAAGGGGUCGCAUGUUGGAGGUACCACGCAAGGGUUCUCCGGUUUUUACUGCUGGUAUGGUGUGUAAAGUCUGGUCCACUUAAAGUCAAGUGUCCCGGCAAGAGGACUCACAAAGCACUGGAAGCCCCACAUGAGACCAACUCGGAUGUUCGGUCCAACCCCAACAUGGGCACCGGUUUGUACUACAGGACUAAUUGGGAUUUUAGGGAG